GCGAGCGUUGCUGGCGAAGGCGACUGUUUCGGCGCCAGUGUGGAGCCUGCAACGUCUCGAGCCCCUGGCACGCAGUUGGGUGGACAAGUGGAUGCGCCAGUGGAAUCCGUCGGAGCUGGAGGACAAGCCUUGGUUCGCGAGGGCGGAAGUCAUGCAUUGGUUGCAGAAA